UGGAGAGGGGGAGAAAAAAUUUCCCCGAUCCAUUCGCGGAGUAGGGAGUGACUGCAGGCUCGCGGCGCGAGUUCAUGCCUUCAUGUGUCGAGACUCGAGGCACGCGUUGAUCAGUCGCGAGCGAAACCUUCUGCGAGUAGGUCGGAUCAGCUCUCCUCGAUCCUCAUACCUCUCGGGGAAAUAUCGUUGUCAGUUUGCGCAAGUGGGGAAUGAGAUUCGCUACGGAUUGCCAAGUUUAUCUGGACAGCAAGUACAAGAAGCAACUGUCGGACGGUCGCACAGCUGCCGAGACGUAGUAGUCGUCGGCUCUUGUUUUAUUUUCCGUUUUGUUGCUGCGGAAUUGUCGCGCUUUUGUUGCGUUCCCCGGACGCUAUUGAUUUGCUACUAGAUUCCGCAUCUGCUGUUUCUCGUGCCAUUUCUUGCCAAAGAUUCCUUUAGUGAUUACUCUAUUUUGCCGAGUUUCGCAUAGUCUUGAGUUGGAAGUGAAUUGACAGUAAGAAAAAGAAGCAAAAAUGUGGAAGCAGCCUGCCCAGGAGUUCAGCGAAUGCUUCGACAGCAUUGACAAGUGUGGUCAGGAAUCGACUGGAGACUCUGGCUUUUUGUCCAACACCAACUCGGCCAGCUACACCUACAGCUCCGAAUUGUCUUCUAAUUCCAUCGUAGAGGAUUCUCAGCCAGUACCUGUUCAGUCACCAAAAGAGAUGGACAGUGGAAUCGAUUUUGGACUCAGUGACAGCUUUAAUCAGCUCUCACUGAAACAGAUGUCUUUGACUGCUAUGGAUAACAACAAGGUGUACCUAGAGCCAGUAAUGGAGUCAACACUUGUCAGUAUUGACUCUGGAAGAGUAUCCAUGACUACCAGCAAUGGAAAGGCUGAGGAAGUUUGCCAAGAACCAUGGCAGCUCUACUACACGCAGAACGAUGAUGGUGAUACGCUACUGCACACAGCCAUCAUUCAAGGCUACUUCGAAGCCACUUUAAGCUUAAUCAACAUUGCACCGCAUCCAUGCCUCUUCGACAUUGUGAACGACGAAGCACAGACUGCACUGCACUUGGCUGUGCUCACUAAGCAGCCGAAAAUCGCGCGCAGACUGGUCCUAGCCGGAGCUGAUCUGUCCAUCAGGAACCAUCAGGGCAACACGGCCCUUCAUUUGGCCUGCAUCUCCGGUGAUCUGGAGUGUGCCAAGGCUCUGACCGAACCGAUCGCAGCAGCUGAGAAGAAUCUCUUGUCGAAGAGACUACCCGUCAUCCCUCAGAAUCUGGAGCAGCAAAACUACCAUGGCCAGAGCUGCUUGCACAUCGCCGCCGCCCGAGGCCACGUCGACCUGGUCCGUCACCUGGUUCACCUCGGCUCGGACCUCGAGGCCCAGGAAUCAUUGGCCGGUCGCACUGCUCUACACCUGGCUCUCGAACAUGGCCAGCUCGAGCUCUUCCUCUGUCUGAUCCAGGAGUACGGACCACAUCUCGACGCGGCCACCUACUCCGGCUGCACUGCCUAUCAACUGGCCAGCUGCAUCGACGAGCGAUUGGCCAGUGAACUGGUCAGCCGAGGCGCGACGCCAGUGCACCAGGAGUUCAGGGAGAUGCCCGGCUUCUCCGUGUCCGUCGCCAGAGCUUGAGAUUGAUAGCGACGAGCUUCUUCUGUAAGUUGCGUAUAGAGAUGUCUUUGGAGAGUUUAGCUAGAUAGGUUAUUUAUGAUAUUUAUGCACGUGCGUCAUCGCGUGCGAAGAGCGAAUUGUUAUUGAUCGCGAGAGAUGCUUAGGUUUUAGGUGAAUUCGUUGUUGAGUGCGGAGUUUAAGAUUCGAUGUAGGUAGUGAAAUUACAAAUUUUAGAUACGAUAAUAUCUAUAGUAAUACACCUUCCGAUAUUCUUGCACAAUCACUCUGUACGAAAAUUUUAACUUACCUAACGAUAUCCGUCAUUAUCUACAGUAAGAACUAAGCGAUUAUUUAUUCGUUAAUGUAAAUUUGCUUUUUUGUGUGUCAUGGCUUUUGUUCUUAGUGAGUAAAAACUGUAAUGUUGUGCUUGUGUCUAGGUUUCUUUAUUCUCUUUCGAAUUUUUUUUUUCGUGCCGCGCACACUUUUCGAAUUCAUGAAUGUCUUUGACUUCGCUCCAUUCGCGUAAGCCGGAGCUAGUCCACGUCAUAAUUAUUUAUAAGCGUGCUUGAGAUACUCGAAGAGCCGCGAUGGCUUCGGGGUCAUCGAGGUAGGCUUGAAGUCCGAAUGAUUGUAAAAAUUGCGUUGAUUAUGCUGAUUUGUUUUAUAAAUCGAUUAUUCAGUUUCGCUUGUAUGUUUCGAAUUGAUAAAUUUAUUUCAAGUAUAAAAAUGUUACUCCUACGUUACUUAUCUCCUUUACGGGAAAACCGAGCUCUAUCGUUCGUAAUAACGAUAAAAAUGAAAAAAAAUUCCGCUUCACUUAUAUUAGGCAAACGAAAUUAAAGUUUUAAAAAACUGUAGCUAGCAAUUUAAAAUUAUGUAUAGAUUACGUAUACUAGCUGUAGCGGAAAAUAUAUCUAAUAACACACGUUUUUAAAAAUCUCUCUCACUCUAACACACAAGCAUCUAUAAUUUUGCACCAGCCAACUAAAUAAGUUUUUUCCUGCAUAUCUCAUGCAGUGAGAAUCAAAGUUGAUCUCAGGAUUAUGUUAACAUGCGAAACGAAGACCACUACGGAGGUUCUGACUUUCCCAUUUAGUUGAUAAAGUAAAGGUCUACAAUAGCUUUUCUAUACUCAAGAGUUGCUUGUGAACAUUAUUUUUCUACGUGCGAAGGAAAAAAGACGCACAGUUACUCGAGCGAUUAAGCUGCGAGAACCAUAACAUAUACUCUCUUUAAUAACGAUGAUUGACUCGUUUCGAGGAACGGCGAGCGAUUCUUUGCAAACAGGACAAAGAAUAUAGAGGCGUAUUUUUCUAUGUUGGAGGAAAUCCAAAUGCGGCGAGACUUUCUAGGAAAGUCACGUAAAAGUACUGAAUAAUGUAAGCUUUAUUGUUAAUAAGACUUGUAAAUAUUGUACAUUAGUAUUUUUUAUUAUACUAGCGAUUAAUGUUACACUAUAUUAUAAUAGGUAGGAAAUAUACAUCAAAUUGACUUCAUUAUAAACCAUAUGCAUAUAAUAUAUACAUAAUGAAUAAUAAGCACUACGUCAAAUAUCAAA